CACUAAGCUGAAAACUGUACGGGGUGUCGUGACAAGAUACUGCAGUGAUUAUGGCAUGAUUGAUGAUUUGAUCUACUUCUCCAGUGAUGCUGUGACUAGCAAAGUGCUUCUGAAUGUUGGACAGGAAGUGAUUGCAGUUGUGGAAGAAAAUAAAGUGUCCAAUGGACUGAAAGCAAUCAGGGUAGAAGCUGUCUCUGAUAAAUGGGAAGACGACAGCAGAAACCAAGGCAGUCCCUCAGACUGCAGCCCCCGAGUGUUGAUUGGCUGUGUGACUUCUCUGGUGGAGGGCGCAGGCUGUAUCAGUCAGACCACCUACUUCUCUCUGGAGAGUGUGUGCGAAGGCUUCGAGCCCUGCAAGGGAGACUGGGUAGAGGCUGAGUACCGGAUCCGGCCUGGCACAUGGAACAGCGAAGCCACCUCGGUGAAGCCUCUGAGAUACAAGCGCAUAGACAAGGUAGCGUGCCGACGAGUGGCUCCUCUCUGUGCUUCUAGCAGACCUGCCAUCAGGGGUAACUUGCACAGCCCAGGCUUCUUCUGCAUGUGUUGGGAGCCUGGAAAAAUACAGUUUAGUCAUGGCCAAGGGGGAGUAGAAACCGCCCCCGUUCAUGAGGCCACUCAGUUCUAUGGAACCAUUUUGUUGAAGAACAAAGGUGAUAUUGAAGUUACACAGAUGACACAUUUUGGAACCCUAAAGGAAGGAAGAAGUAAAACCAUGGUGAUCUGGAUAGAGAAUAAAGGAGACAUUCCUCAAAACUUAGUCAGCUGUAAACUGGCUGGCUGGGAUCAAUCUAAACAAUUCAGAUUUCAAAUGCUGGAUAAAGACCAGACGUGCCCCAUAGUAUCUUUUGUUUCUGUUUCUGAGAAGGAGAAUUCAUCAGAUGAAAAUGUUAAUUCAUUAAAUAGCCACACAAAAAACACAGUCUCUCAGAUGUCAGAGAACGGUUUGGUGAACAACAGAGGAAUCUCUCCAGGUGAUUAUACCUGUAAAGGAGAAAAUGGAGAAGAAGACAACAUUCUCUCAAGGAAGCAGAUGACAGAGCCCGAGCCUGGGGGGCUUGUCCCUCCAGGGGGAAAAACCUUCAUUGUGGUCGUAUGUGAUGGAAAAAAUCCUGGCCGCUGCAAGGAGCUCCUUUUGCUUUGUUUUUCCGAUUUCCUGAUUGGGCGAUACCUUGAAGUCAAUGUUGUCAGUGGGGAGGAGUCACUAAUUGCUGUGCGCGAACCAUUUUCUUGGAAAAAGCUUAAAAGUUCACAAGCGUUAACAUCCGCAAAAACGACAGUUGUUGUGACCACACAGAAAAGGAACUCAAGACGGCAACUUCCAAGUUUUCUUCCACAGUAUCCAAUCCCAGAUAGACUUAGAAAAUGUGUGGAACAAAAAAUUGACAUCCUGACUUUCCAGCCAUUACUUGCAGAGCUUCUGAACAUGUCAAAUUACAAGGAGAAGUUUUCAACUUUGCUGUGGCUUGAGGAGAUUUAUGCAGAAAUGGAACUGAAAGAGUAUAACAUGAGCGGGAUCGUCUUAAGAAGGAAUGGGGAUCUGCUGGUUCUGGAGGUCCCAGGGUUGGCCGAAGGGAGACCUUCUCUGUACAUAGGUGAUAAACUGAUUUUAAAAACUCAAGAGUAUAAUGGACAUGCCAUCGAAUACAUCAGCUACGUGACUGAGUUAGUUAUUUUAUGUGGUUUUCUUCCCGGCAGGACUACAAGCAGACGGUGUCACUUUGCACUUGAACAAGUCAUCCACUUAGGUGUAAAAGUGUUGUUUCCAGAAGAAGUUAUUUUACAGUCUCCCCAAGUGACAGGAAAUUGGAACCAUGAACAAGACACCAAAAGCAAUGGACGGUCCACCAGCAAAAAGACUAGGAAAACGAUGACGGACCAAGCUGAACAUGGAACAAAGGAGAGACGUGUUGGUGACAAGGACCUGCCGGCGCUGGCGCCCUUUACUGCAGAGAUGAGUGAUUGGGUAGAUGAAAUUCAGACCCCUAAAGCAAGAAAGAUGGAGUUUUUCAAUCCGGUGCUAAAUGAAAAUCAGAAGUUAGCAGUUAAAAGGAUUCUGAGUGGCGACUGCCGUCCCCUCCCGUAUAUUCUCUUUGGACCUCCUGGGACUGGAAAGACAGUGACAAUAAUAGAGGCUGUUUUACAGGUACACUUUGCCUUGCCGGACAGUCGGAUUUUAGUCUGUGCGCCCUCCAACAGCGCCGCUGACCUCGUGUGUCUGCGGCUGCACGAGAGCAAGGUGCUACGGCCAGCCACCAUGGUCCGGGUGAACGCCACCUGCAGGUUUGAGGAGAUAGUUAUCGAUGCCGUCAAACCGUAUUGCAGAGACGGAGAAGACAUCUGGAAAGCCUCACGCUUCCGGAUAAUCAUCACCACUUGCAGCAGCUCAGGGUUGUUUUACCAAAUAGGAGUGAGAGUUGGACACUUCACUCACGUGUUUGUGGACGAGGCCGGGCAGGCAAGUGAGCCGGAAUGCCUCAUUCCUCUGGGGCUGAUGUCAGACGUCAGUGGCCAGAUUGUGCUGGCAGGAGACCCCAUGCAGCUCGGCCCAGUCAUUAAGUCCAGACUCGCCAUGGCCUAUGGUCUGAACGUGUCCUUGUUGGAACGGCUGAUGUCUCGACCGGCGUACCAGAGGGACGAAAAUGCUUUCGGUGCUUGUGGCGCACAUAACCCCCUGUUGGUCACAAAGCUGGUGAAGAACUACCGGUCCCACGAGGCCCUGCUGACCCUGCCCUCACGGCUGUUCUACCACAGGGAACUCGAGGUCUGUGCGGACCCUACAGUGGUGACCUCUUUGCUGGGCUGGGAGAAGUUGCCUAAGAAAGGCUUCCCGCUCAUCUUCCAUGGUGUGCGGGGCAGCGAGGCACGGGAGGGAAAAAGCCCAUCGUGGUUCAACCCGGCCGAGGCCGUCCAGGUCCUGCGCUACUGCUGCCUCCUGGCCCAGAGUAUCUCCAGUCAGGUGUCUGCCAGCGACAUUGGCGUCAUCACGCCCUACCGGAAGCAGGUACGGUCAAAUGAAGAUAGAUUUGAAGAUGAUCGAUAUUUUUUGGGUUUCUUGUCCAACUCAAAAAGAUUUAAUGUUGCAAUCACCAGACCCAAAGCUUUGCUGAUAGUGCUGGGAAACCCCCAUGUUCUCGUUCGACUGUGGCGACGGGGUGGCAGACCCCUCCUACCCAGUGGUGCCAGAAUCUACAGGACCAGAGAAGCAUCAGGAGCCCAACUGAUCUGCAGUGGCUGA